AUGAUUUUCGAGCUAGGCACCUUUACCGAGCUCGGAAAACUCCAGCAUAGUCCAAACCAGACUCCUUUUGUGUUUGAAUCGUGCUGCAAGUCUAACGAUUAUAGUUAUUCUCCUCAUUUUCCAAUCCUGGUUUCUCAUGUCUCGCGAAAAUGGAGGGCCAUCGCUCUCAAUACGCCUGCUCUUUGGUCCACGCUCUUUUUCGACCAUGCAUCACACCUUGAAAGAGGCCGCGUCUUCUUGGAACGUUGUUCUCCACGAGGAUCUAGCUCGCCAGAAUUUUGCUCUGGGUAUUUUCUAGAUAUCGUUAUUGCAACUGUUCCAUUUAAACGAAAGACGACACAGGAUGACGAUUCGAUAUCCAAGGAGGAAUUGGAGGAAAUAUUCAACUUGUUGGUUCCGGUUACCGUCCGGUGGAGAUCUUUUUGUCUGCGUGUUCGGGAUAACACAUGUAAGAAGGUAGCCCGUGACGCUCUAGGUCAUAAUUGUGGAAGGGCGCCGAAUCUAGAAACGUUGCAGCUCUACCAUUUCGAGGACUAUAAUAACGUCGAUGAGCUCAUCGAGGCUACUAUCCGGGAUCCUGUUAUAUGCUUCGCUAAUAACGUCCCCAAACUCAAGCAUCUCAGCCUCAUUGGUGUCAACCUUCCUUGGGCACAAAGUCCAUACUUGGAGGGUUUAGACACCCUAGAACUAGCUCUACAUCCAGAAAAGAUUCGUCCGCCGUACGAGGUUUGGGACAGGAUGCUGCGUCUUUCACCCGACUUACGGAACCUCAUUCUUCAUUACUCUGGACCGAAGGAGGGAUGGGACGAGGAAGGUUCUCCAAGCUCCACCCUUGCAUGGCAAGGUGACGACCUGUGGCGUUCCGACUUGCCUUCUGGCAAGAUAAUUCUGGAUAAACUAGAAGUUUUGAGCCUGACGGAUAUGGACGCACCGUACCUCGCCAGAAUCCUCGACCGCAUUCAGUUUCCGAACGUCCAGAGGCUUGUAUUAGAGCUCACAUCGGAG